AUGUCAACCGCUGUAAGAGUUGCUGCCAAGGUACAGCCUGCUGAGCAAGCUUUGAUCAUAUUCCAUGGUUUGGGUGAUUCAGGUAGUGGCUGGUCGUUCCUCGCAGACUUUCUUCAGAAGGAUCCUUCAUUCCAACAUACCAAGUUCAUAUUCCCCAAUGCACCCACCAUUCCAGUUACUGUCAAUUCUGGAAUGAGAAUGCCAGCAUGGUUCGAUAUCCUCGAAUGGUCUUUAUCUCCAUCAAGAGCUGAUGUUGAAGGUACAUUGAGGUCGCUCAAUGUAAUCCAAAAAUACGUUCAAGAACAGAUUGACGCGGGUAUCAAACCAGAGAAUAUCAUUGUAGGUGGAUUUUCUCAAGGUGCUGCCAUUUCUUUGGCAUCUUCGAUGACCUUACCAGUGAAGGUUGGCGGAUUCGUCGCUUUAUCUGGAUUCUGUUGCGCACCAUUUGAAGCUUUUCAAUCUUCGAGCAGCAAGAAUCUUGACACACCAAUCUUUCAUGGUCAUGGUGACGAUGAUCCGGUAGUGCCAUUACAAAGUGGGAAGGCAGCCAAGGAGUUUUAUACCAGUAAGUGUGGUAUGCAGAACUACGAUUUCAGAGUUUAUCGCGGUUUAGAGCAUUCUACAUCCCCAGAGGAGAUAUUCGACCUCAUUGAGUUCAUCAAGAAUGUCUUCAGCAUGAGCAGAUCUUAA